AUGGAUUUCAAUGGCAUGCGAGAUCUUGAGUCUGAGAAACAAAUAUGGUCAGGCCAUUGUCGCGUUUCUAGGCUUUGGCUUGGUGCAAGUGUCACGACAGACAAAGUCCUGCAUUUGGACAUGAUCUUGAUGGAUUCCAAGGGAAAUGAUAUAUGGGUCCACAUCCCACCGGUGUUGCAAGAGAAAUUCAAGGCACUGCUUCAUGAACAAGAAGUUUACAUCAUCAAGGAUUACGAAAUUCACACGACCCAACUCAAAUAUCGCCCUAUUGCUAAUUCAUAUAUCAUGACUUUUAAUCGGGCCACUACUGUCCAACGUGUUCCUGAUAUCCCUUCCAUUCCUGCCUUCAAGUUCAGUUUCACUAAAGCAAGUGAGAUGAAGGAUAAAUUGGGCCAAAUAAUCAUCCUCUCAGAUGUUGUUGGCGAAAAGGAACUUGAGCUGAAACUGAUUGAAGGUGAUAUUGUGAGAGUUGUUAUCUGGGGUAGAGUUAUAACUGAAUUUGAUAAAAUAGUCAAACCUGCUGAGCAGCCCCUGUAUGUUGAGCUGCCCCCACCUGCCCCUAUUCCUGAACUUUCUCUGCCUGAAUUGCUGGAAUUCCAUGUGGAUCCGGACAGCGAGGAAGGUCUUUAUUCUGUUACUUCCAAAGUAGUAGGGAUCAAGCCAUUUUGGUGUUACUUGGGUUGCCCAACAUGUGUCCUUAAACCCAUAGAAAGGAAUGGAGAAUACUAUUGUGUGAAGUGCAACAAGCUGACUCCAAUUAGAGCUGCCAAAUAUCGGAUUCAGCUUGAGGUUGAAGCCAAUUCAAAGUCAGCAACCUUUAUAAUUUUCGAGUAUGAAGGGAAACGAUUCUUUGGCCCAACUGCUAAUGAACUAUUCAAUAGAACUGGUCAAAACUAUGAAGAACCCCCUGCAGAUCUGCUCAAAUUAGUUGGUGUGACCAAGCUGUUCCAUGUCAAGUUCAAGCCAAAUCUAUACAGUGAUGCUCAACCCGAUUUCACAGUGUUAAAAAUUUUGGAGCCUGAAGCAACGCUUAGUAGUGGCCUUGAGUCAUCCCAAACUUCAUCUGACCAAUCCAUCCCCAUUUCAACAGCCGACGAUACUGGAUCCAUGCCUGUUGACAACAAACUCAAGCGAAAGAUGCCUUCGGUUUAA